AUGCCAGACCGCGCUUUUGUUCAGGAUCUUUUACUUCUAGCAGCGACUAGUGGAGAUGAGAAAGAGCAAGUGGAGAGACGGAAUAAUGCUGCAGCGGUGCUUCGAAGGCUAGAUGCACAAGAUGAUGACGACGAUGAUGAUGAUGAGAUCCGUGAAAACGGUGGACGAAAACGAAAACGUCCCAAAGUGGAUUAUCUCCAACUCAAUCGCUACGAACAGCUGAUUGCUAUGGAUGUUGUGGCUCCAGAUGAUAUACCUGUUGCCUUUGAUGGAGGACUUGCCGAUACGAUCGAAGAGUUGAAAGAAGCAAUCAUCUAUCCUCUGACUAUGCCAGAACUUUUCUCAAAUCCUUCAUCUCUACUCUCUGCCCCAUCUGGGGUGCUACUCUUCGGUCCUCCCGGAUGUGGUAAGACCAUGCUUGCUAAAGCCAUGGCCCACGAGGGUGGCGCAACAUUCAUCAAUUUGCACAUCUCUACGUUGACCGAGAAGUGGUACGGGGAUUCUAACAAGCUGGUCCACGCUGUUUUCACUCUUGCGCGGAAGCUGCAGCCGACUAUAAUUUUUAUCGAUGAAAUAGAUGCUCUUCUUGGGACCAGAAGAUCCGGUGAGCAUGAAGCCAGCGGUCAGGUCAAAGCUGAAUUCAUGACACAUUGGGAUGGCUUGAUUUCAUCCGACUCCACAGGGAAAUCUCAGAGUAUUCUGAUAUUGGGAGCAACCAAUCGAAUUCAAGAUAUAGAUGAAGCUAUCUUAAGACGAAUGCCGAAGAAGUUUCCAGUUCCCCUGCCCUCAGCAAAGCAGAGACAGCGAAUAUUUGGAUUAGUCUUGAAAGGCACAAAGAUGGACGAGGACGAUUUCGACCUUGACUACUUGGUACGGGUUGCCGCCGGAAUGUCUGGUAGUGAUAUAAAAGAGGCAUGCAGAGACGCUGCCCUGAUUCCUAUGCGUGAAUAUGUGAGGCAAAGGAAAGCGUCUGGGGCCCAGAUGGAAAAUGCCGAUAUGAAUGAGAUGAGAGGCCUAAAGACUUCAGAUUUCUUCGAAAAGACUGGGAGUGUACGAAUCGUAGGUACUCAAGGGUGA